ACUGAUGGGAAAAGCAUGAGGAGAACAAGUACACAUCGUACCAGGAACAAAGCACAAAUUUCACGAUUGCCGCUGGACGAUAAGGGGCAGAAAAUGGGCGAGCAGUCUGUAUCGAGAGAUGGGUGUCUGUUACUGGGCAUCAUUCUGCUGGCAGGAUUAGCAGAGAGAGCUUCCUCGGUGGAUUGUCCCCCAAACACCGGCUUCACAGGGGAUCCGACCUCCCUAUCUAAUGGAUUGAAAGAGGGCAGCAAAGCCCAGUUCCUAUGCCCAACUGGCAAAUAUCCGUGGCCCGUCAGCAGCCGAGUCUGCCUUCCAAGUGGCCAAUGGAGUUUGAUCAAGUCUAACACUGGCCGGAAGUAUAACACUGUCUCCUGCAAAGAUAUGAGAUGUCCUGAGCCAUUAUCAUUUGAAAAUGGACAGUAUUACCCCAGGGGACCUUUCCUGGUUGGAGCAAAUGUCACCUUUCAAUGCAAUGAUGGCUACCACUUGCGAGGCUCGAUGGAGAGAAUGUGCAGGAGAAACGCCAAAUGGAGUGGAGAAACAGCGGUGUGUGUCGAUGGAGAUGGUCACUGCCCGGACCCUGGGGUCCCUCCUGGAGCUGUGAAGACUGGUACGCGAUAUGAAGUUGAUGAAAGAGUUUCGUAUGAGUGUUCCGGUGGACUGACUUUAGUGGGAUCCAAGCAAAGAACUUGUCUGGAGAACACAGCGUGGAGCGGCACUGAGGUCAGCUGUCAGUAUCCUUAUGCUUUUGAUCUCCCCGAGGAUGUGAGUGAGCAUUUCAUGGGGACAAUCUCUGGAGUUCUUAAAACUCAGCAACAAGGCGGUGUGGGACGAUCUAUAAAAAUAAAGAAAAAUGGCAUCUUGAAUGUUUAUAUUGUUCUGGAUGCAUCACGCAGUGUGGGAGAAGUUAACUUUGAUAUCUACAAAGAUUGCGCAAAACAGAUUGUGGAUGGGCUUGGCCGGUUUGAUAUGACAGUAGAAUUUGGAGUGAUCUCCUAUGCAACAGAAGUCAAAGUAGUGGUCAGAAUUCACGACAAUGAUGCAGACUACAGUGAUACGGUGUCUGAUACAAUUGAGAACAAUCUACAAUAUGCUGAUCACGCAGACAAAUCAGGAACAAAUACUAAAGCUGCUUUGCAAGAAGUGUACAAUAUGAUGUCAUUUCAAAAGGACAGAUAUAAAACUAAAGACUGGGAAUCUAUACAACAUGUUAUCAUUCUAAUGACAGAUGGUAAAGCGAACAUGGGCGGACACCCUAAGGAUGUUGUGAGAAAAAUCAGGGAUUUCUUGAACAUCACACAAGAGAGAGAAGAUUUUCUAGACGUGUAUGCCUUUGGUAUUGGUGUUAACGCCGUUGACCAGGUGGAACUGAAUGACGUAGCUUCUAGAAAGGAUAAUGAAAAACAUAUGUUUAUCCUGGAAAAUGCAGAAGAUAUGAAGACAGUAUUUGCAAAGAUACUGGAUCUGAAGACAGUGGGUGACAUGUGCGGAAUUAACGAAGAACAUGGGGAGACAAGUAGAGAAAAUUGGAAUUAUCUCCAUCCAUGGACAGCCAAAAUACAGACGCAAGCUUCAGUACCUUGUUUGGGGUCUUUAAUAUCAAAGUCCUGGGUCCUCACAGCAGCCCAUUGUUUCAAAAAAAUUCCAACCCAAGUUGAAAUUGGACCCUUGAAGUUUGCUGUAAAGGGCUAUAAGACACACGAGUGUUACAACCAAAGCAGGAAAGCAUCCAUUGGGCUCAAGGAAGACUACGAUUAUGACUUGGGUCUUAUACAACUGGAUAGCACUGUGACCUUUUCACAAAAUGUCAGGACAAUCUGUAUCCCUUGUACGGAGCCAGCCAACAGAGCAAUGAAAAAGACUGCUACUUCAACCUGCAAAGAACAUAGUGAGUGGCUGCUGAAUAGCAAUGAGAUUCCUGCACAGUAUCUAGCAAGGGAUGAGAAGACUCCAAAGGAUCGCCAAAAGAUGAAUAGGAAAGAUGUCAAAAUAAAGAUCAACCAGGCUAGAGAUGCGUGCGUUUCUGCCGUGAAGAACUGGGACCCAUUUAAAGACAUCGACCCUUCGCUACUGGUGUCGCCUCGGCAUCUUUGUGUCGAGGGAAAUAUGUCCUGUAAAGGAGAAUCAGGUGGCCCACUCUAUUUGGAGAGGAAAAAAAGAUUCUUUCAGGUUGGAAUACUCAGUUUUGGGAUUUAUAACCCCUGCGAAGAUAAAUCAAAAGAACGAAGAAAUCCUGAAGCUCGAGACUUUUAUGUAAAUGUCUUAGAGAUCUUGCCCUGGCUGCGCAAACAUGUUGAUGAUCUCGAGUUCCUGGCUGAUGUUGAUGUAAAAGACAACAUAGUUUGUCCAUCCUGAGUAGAAGCAAUCAGUGAAAUUACUUCUCCCCUGAUAAACACCUUAUAUGACAUGGUGUGUGUAUAUCAUUGCCACUGGCUUCAACCUUACUCUUUUUAAAUGACCAUUUAGACAUCACAACAUAGGUUUCUCCAAUGCAUCGGCUUCCUAUCAAAAUUCUUGUUCUGAGACGUUCCACUCUAGAUUUGCACAACACAUGAAUUGAGCAGCAAUGCUGACAUAGAGCACGCGACUAUGAAUACCACUAGUGUAAAAUUAUGUCUGGAGCUAAAAAAAAGAAAAUUCGGGACGAGGACGGACAAAUACUGUCACAAUGCAGACUUCAAAGAGCAAUAAAAUAGUCACAUUCCAUAAUAUUACUCAGAAAUAUUGACUUACAGCGUUCUAUUGUCACACUAUAAUGCUCAGAAUUCUUCGCUAGACACAGGUUGCGAACAAUCAUGGGGCUAUACUGGAAUAAGUACCUAAAGUGGUGAAUACAACUUUU